AUGAAUCAUCCCAUUUUAACUACAAAAACAAAUAUUAUAGAUGAAUCAACCAUACAUUCAACAGUUCCUUCAGUGGUAAAUGGUAUUAAUUUAUUUGUUAACCAAGAACAAAAAAAAAUAAUAAUGGACACGUUAAAUACUUCUUAUUAUGGGAAUAAUAACGCCAUUACUACUAAUAAUAAUAAAAAUAUUAACGAAGCUUACAAACACUUUAUACCAGGUGGAGUAACUUUUAGUUUUACACCAAAUGCCAGCAUUUUUCCUAUUUCAAACUUUAUUUCCCCUCCCCAACAAACACCCUAUAUAACCAACUAUGGCAUGGAUCCACAACUAAAGAACAUGCAAAAUAUUCAGCAAAACUGUUGUCUGGAAAUGUUAAAAUUUCAAGAGCAAAUGAACAAAAAUCCUUUCAAGUUGAAUUUUCACAAUAAUAAAAAGUCAUCGACAACCGAUUUGAUUCCCAGUAAUGGCCAAACGCAAACUUCAAACGGUUCUCCCGAUUUUACGAAUAUAAAUGGCUUGCAAUUUUGCGAGAAUUGUAAAAACCAAAAUUGUGGGAAAAAUCAAAUAGAUUUCUCAAACAGAAGAAAAUUAAGUGUUACAACUACCCCUGAAAUGACAAAAGGACAUGUGUGCGAUGUUUUGGAAGAAGAAUCCGAUAAAAAAGUUUCUUUUUCAGAAAAUCCUUGUAGAUGUAACGUGGAAAAGAAAGAUGAGGAAGUACAAGUUGAUGAAAAAAGGCCUCGAAAACGUAGAAGGAAGUCUAGAAAAUCUAGAACAAGAUCGAGAUCAAACAGAAAACGAGAUUCAGAUGAUGCUACUGAUACUUUGAGUAAAAGCAGUAGUAGUGCUAGUAUAGGCAGUGCAGAAAACAAAAAGAAUUCCCAAAAACGUAAAAGAAAAUGCAGGAAAAAUAGGGAAACUAAAAAAAGGCAAAGUGGCUCAGAACCUUCCAAUGUUAAAAAUUGUAAAUGCAAGAAAUUAGAACCUCGAAGAAGUAGAAGAAAGUGUGGGAAAUCUAAAACAAGAUCAAGAUCAAACAUAAAACGAGAUGCAGAUGAAACUAAUGAUACUUUGAGUAAAAGCAGUAGUAGUGCUAGUGUAGGAUGUGCAGCAAAGAAAAAAAAUUCCCGUAAGGAAAAAUCGAGAAAAAAUAGGGAAAUUAAAGAAACACACAGUGCCUCGGAACUUUCCAAUGACGAAAAUUGUCAUUCCAUAGAAUUAAAUUCAUGCGAAUAUUGCGACUUUUUUGAAAAUCUUGCUGAAGCUGUAGAGGAAAUGGACCACGAAAAUAGCGAUUUGUGUGGCUCCAAGGAACAAAAACAAUAGAUAUUUGGGCGUCGGAACUUUCAGACUGGCAAAACACCUUUUACAUGAAAUCUGAAGAACUCUCGCGGAGCGAAAAAGAAGUAUCCGAUAGAGAGUCGAAACUUAAAAGUAUAAACGACAAGAUGAAUAUUUUGUAUUAUUUGCAAAGCAUGGUGGAGGUGGAUAUAAAUGGUUUAAAAAUGUCGCAGCUUGAAGUUGAAAAGUUUGUGGAUAAAGUUGAAGAGCAAAUAAGGAGUAGAGGGGAUUGUGAAUGUCCAGUGGAUAAUAAUAGGAAACCAACAUACCAAAUAGCGGAACAAAUGAACAUGCAAGUAAAAAGUUGCAAGGAAAUGAUUAAUGAAGUGAAUUUGCUUCGAACUUCAGUUAAAAGUGAACAAGGCCCACUGGAAUAUUUGGCGCAAAUCCUGCAAAAGCACAUGAAUUUACUGGAACUAACAGAAAGCAGAAUAUUACUGCUGACAAAAAAGUUGAAUGAAUCUGAAAAUGUCAAACGCUACGCCUUACAAAAAUUGCACCUAAAAGAAAAUAAACUUUAUUUAUAAAAACAUUUCAAUGUAAAAAAUCACAAUCUCUCCACAAAGUUAACAUUAUUAACUCCUUGAGUAUUGUUACUCUCUAAAUUGGCGUCCCUUCUUUUUAAAGUUGACGACAUAAAAAGUAUCACAAAAGACAUUAUAAACAUUACAACAAUUCCCACUACCAUGGUGUUUAAAUAGCCAAUGGCUUCAAAUAAUACUUCUUGUAUUAAAGUAUUUAUUAUUGCAAAUAAGUAGAUGGCUGCGUUAAGUAAGGAACAACCAAGAGAUUCUGGAAUAGGGUAGGAGGCUUCAAUUGCGUACUCAAAGCCUAUUACUAAAGUACUGGCCAAGAAGAACC